AUGGCGCGCGCGCCCCCGCUGCAAUCCACUCCUGCGUACGACGAGCGCAACCCGUUUGUCGUGUGCAACAAGUCGUUUGUGCCCAUUUACCGCGGCUCGGAGAUCGCCUACUCCUCGUUCUGCAGGGCGCCCUACCUGCCUAAGUUCAAGGGCGCCGUGUGCGAGGUUGACGGGAUUGGCCAGGUCGGCGGCGAGGGGACUGGAUUCAGCGAGGUAGACGCCGACGGCAAGUUUCUCUCCUGAGUACACGGGCGGGACUCGGGCUGCCCCACGGCGACUGGAAGCCUGAAGAGUCAACCCCCUCAGGAGAGGGUGCACUGCGCUCAGCACAGCCCUUUAUGUGUGUGUCGGGCGUCGGGUCGCGCCAUGAUAUAUAAAGUGGGACAGCCCACGAGCUGAUAAAAU